AUGGCAAACAUAAAAGAUUUAAAUUUAAAUAUUCAUCAAGCAUUUGAUACAACUAAAAUUGAAAAUCAAUUUGCUCAUAUUUUCGAAAAGAUAACUGAUCUUGAAGAUAUAUCGUAUUCUCAUUAUGUGAACCAUCGAUUUCGUUAUCAUAAAAUUCAUCUUGCUUAUUUUCAAAAGAUUAAAGAUAAUAAAAAGGAAAUAAAGGAAGAAGAAAGUUCGAUUCAAACUGAUCAUAUAUCCAAUCAAGAAAGGAAUUAUGAUUCUGAAGAAUCAUGGAAGAGUAUUCAAGAUCGAAUUACAUCACUUACACAUUUACAAGAUACAAAUGAAAUACCAAAUAUCUUGAAAGAUAUUCAUAACCUUCUCAUACCUAUUUUUCAACAUCCUAUAACAACAAUUAACGAAUAUAUUAUACUACAAAAUAAUUCUAAUGAAAUUUUAAGUUUAUUUGAAACAUUAAAAAUGACCGAAUUAGAUGAAAUUCCAUCAGACGAAAACAAUGAUCAAAAUUCAAAUUAUAUUGAUUUAUUAAAUGAUUUGAUCGAUUUUGUUUUUAAGGGUUUAGAAAAUCGACAAAUCUAUUUUGUCGAAGUUCUUCUUUCUGAUCUUCCUUAUUUGAAUAAAGUAUUAUUUGAUGAUAUUCCUCAAACAGAACAAUCAAUUACACGCUGUUAUCGUGAAUGGGCUCGAAUCUUUUAUUCUGAUAAACAUGAUGGAAAUCCAAAGUUCGAUGAAUUAAUGAAACAUAUUAAUUAUAUUCGUGAUUGUUAUUUAUCAAAAAUUUAUUCUCUAUGUACUAAAUCCAAUAUUAUAAUAAAUGUGGAAACCUCGGAUUUAAAUCCGAGUGUUAUGUGUACUUCAAAAAGUGAAGAAACGAUUUCUUAA